AUGGCAUUCAUCAUUGGCCUUCUCCGGCUCCUCUGCUUCCUCGGCCUGCUGCCAUCGUACGAGUAUUCAUUCGCCGUCGCGGGGCCUGUGGCGGUACGCACCAACGUCACCGAUGCCUCCUCGUCACCGCCACGGCCGCUGUUCGUCAUCGCCCACCGCGUUCACACCUCCCAAGGCCUCGAGGAUGCCCUCCGCCACGGCGCCAACGCCAUCGAGAUGGACGCCACGGCUUGGCCGGACGGCUGGAUUGCUUGCCACGACGAGGGCGUCGUCGAGUCCCGAGGCGACAGCAUGAAGGCCAUGUUCCGUGCCGUUGCCGACCAGCGAAGGGCGGGCAAGAACAUGAUCUUUGUCUGGCUCGACAUCAAGAAUGCCGAUCGCUACAGCCCGACCGACAGCAGCAAUGGCGACUCGACCAUCCUCGCCCUGCGGCAACUUGCCCGUGAAAUCCUCGAACCGGCCCAGGUGCGGGUCCUCUACGGCUUUCAGUACCCCGGCGGCGUUGCCUACGACCUGAUCCGUGCCGGCCUCGACGACAAUGAAGCCAUCAACCUCAACGGCAACGCCACCGUCGUCAACCACAGGUUCGAGACGCACGGUCAUGUGGACAUCAAGCAGCGCAUCAUGUCCUACGGCUGGAGCGACCUACCGUUCGAGUUUGGCAACUGCUUCGAGCACGCCUACUUCACCUGCACCGAGCUUCGUCAGGCCGAGGAGUCCAAGCGCUUCGGCCAGGUCUACGGCUGGACCCUCGACGCCGGCCAGGAAGAGUACGCGAAGCACAUGCUCGGCGAUGCCAACGUCGACGGCAUCAUCUACGGUUUCCGCCAAACCCACUACUACGACCACGAAGAUACCCGCUCCGCCAUCCGGGACAUUACUAGGUGGCUGGAGAAUAACCCGGCGCGGCGAUAUCUGGCGACGGCGCGUGACAUGCCGUGGUAG